ACGAGAGGGAUAGGGGGGAAAACUGUUGGAGGAGGUGGCCUGCCUCAUUUUAUCUUCCUGCUUUUUUCCUUCAAAGCCUCUUUCCCUUCUCCGGUGUCCCUGGGGUACUAGGCAUGGCCCCUUGACUCCCAGAAGCCUCGAAGCCCCCUGUCUGGGCAGCGUGGCUGCCCUGUUCCAAGUAACCCCGUUCCCUGGUUCCUCGAUGGACCCAAGGAGGAAGAUAGACCUGAAGCUCAUCAUUAUUGGAGCCCUAGGAGUGGGAAAGACCUCCCUCAUGAAUCAGUACAUACACAAGACUUUCUACGAGGAUUAUCAGACCACCCUGGGGGCCAGCAUCCUCUCCAAAGUCAUCAUCGUAGACAACACAACCUUGAAGUUACAGAUAUGGGACACAGGAGGUCAGGAGCGGUUCCGUUCCAUGGUAUCCACCUUCUACAAGGGUUCAGAUGGCUGUAUCUUAGCCUUCGAUGUCACUGACCGAGACUCUUUCCAUGCCCUGGACACCUGGAGGGGGGACAUUCUCCAGAAAACAGUGCCCACGGAGCAAGUUGUCCCCAUGGUGGUGCUGGGGAACAAGAUCGACCUGGAUGACCGGGAGGUGUCCCAGGAAAAAGCCCUGGACUGGUGCAAAGAGAAGGACAUACCCUACUUCGAGGUCAGUGCUAAGAAUGACAUCAACGUGGAGCAAGCCUUUGAACUGUUGGCCAGACAAGCGCUGAAACGGCAUCGAGGGAUUUUUGAGAACUAUCUGACUGAUUCUAUCAAGCUUUCACCAGCGGGUGAGCCAAGGAAUAAAUGUUGCUGAUGAUGGAGAGUCCCCUCUCAGAGACAGAGGCCACCCUAGGAAGGAGGCUGCUGAUUGUUCUGGACUAGGGCUGGGUAGAAGAUUAGGAGCCCCUGUCCAUAACCUCCUCUGUCUCAGGCUGCUGGGACCUGGUGCCCAAAAGAGACUCUUGAUGAGCUGUAAAGACAAACAAUGCACUGCCACUGUCUGUGAGUCGAAAAAGAACAGAGGAUGCUGGUGGACCCAUGAUAAACAGCCUCCCUGCUACAAGGGAGCAGAGGGACAGAAGAUUCAGGAAUCAUAACUGAUGUUCUUGAGUUGGAAGAGGCCUUCAAUGUCAUAGAGCUCAAAGCAAGAUUCAGCCACCUUCCAAUACAGCCCCUUCAUUUUGCAAAUGGGGAAACUGAGGAUUUAUUUAAAGAAGUUAAGUAACUUGGCAGAUGUCACCAGGUAGUAAGCAUCAGAGACAGGAUUUGAAUCCAGGUCCUCUACUCUUCACUGUUUCAAACUCUCUAUUUCAGGAAAUUUAGAUAAGGAAGGGAAAUGAGUUGCCUAUAAUCAUAUAUGGCUAAAGCUAGAAACCAAGUCUACAAGAUUUCCAGUUCAGUCCUUUUCUCCAUCCCAAAUAUUUCCUUCUGUCAAAUCCCUAUUGAGAACUCUGUGGUAAUAUAGAAUAGUGGUUAGAGCACUAGAAUUUGAGUCAGAGAUAUAUGGGUUCAAAUGUGUUCAAAACCUGUGUGACUCUGGGCAAGUCAUUCAACCUCUCCUGGUCUCAGUUUCCUUAAAAUAAGAGAUAUGUACCCAAUGACCUCUAAAUGUCCUUUCCAUCUCUAAAUCUAUGAUUCUAUGACUUCCUCCCUCCACAAACAAUGAUGUCCCACAAUUAUCCUCAUUAGGAACCUACCAUCCUCAUCUUCUACCCCAUUGUAACUUACCUGACCCUGGGUACAAACAGCCCAAUUCAACACACAUUUGAGAGAAAGAGUGAGAGAGCAUUAGAGUGAGAGAGAGAGAGAGAGAGAGAGAGAGAGAGAGAGAGAGAGAGAGAGAGAGAAAGAGAGAGCGCCUUAGUCUGACUGUAAGAGUCACACCUCAAUGCCAAGCAAAGGCCUUUGGAAUUGAGCCAGCUGCCUUCUGAGAACAGUCUUGUUAUGGAAAGUACCAAAGAACUGUGGACUAGAACAUUGGGAAACCUCAGUUACAGUCUCAGCUGGGCCAAUUAUCAAGUCAGCCACUGUGAAACUCAGUUUUCUCAUCUGAAAAGGAGGGUGAUGCUAUUUGCCUUCAGAAGGCUAAGGUUGGACUCAAAUGAGACAACAUGCUUUGAAAACUACAAUACUCUCUACAAAUAAACAUCAUUAUUUGUUUACCUUGAUAAGGUCAUAAAGGCACUAGACCAGAGACAGAGCAAAGGGGUGAAAAACAAUUAUGCAUCCUAUGGGACAGGGGGCUGGAACCAGGGCUCUCUGAUUGAGAGGAAAAAUCUUGGUUUCCUCCUUUGUUCCCUAUGCCAGCCCGAGGUGUGUCUCCUGUUCCUCUCCCCAGGUCCAUAAGAAUACAGUGUGGUACAUCAGAAAGGGUGCCUUCUACAGUAAUGGCAAAGGUUGGGGAGGUUUAGAGGAAGGAGAAUGAGUUUUGUUUGAAACACAUCUUUGCACAUCGAUUGAUGUGAUCUCCUUGCUGUCCAAGAGACUCUCAAAAAGUCUUCUCCAGCACCACAAUUGGAAAGCAUUGAUUCUGCAGCAUUCAGCUUUCCUUACGGUCCAAUUCUCACAUCCAUACAUUGGAUAUUUUUCAACGAGCUGAUAUCUAUGAUUUCUAAUUGGAUGAAAGAUUUAAUACUUUCCAAAUGGGGAGGGCAAACAGGUGCAAUUCCCUAAAAUCAGAAAAGGAAGGGUCCCACUCCCCAAAGUGUGUAUGUAUAAACAAUCAAAAGUACAUGGAAACAAUACCUGAUUGAUCAGUUUGGGGUCAAUUUUCAGAUAAGACAUGGGUUGCUUGAGAUGUAAAAUUGUGAGAAAACUCCUUGCAUCAAUCUUUUGAUCUGACCAGGUUUCUGGUCAGCAUAACCCAGAUCCUCAGUUAAGGGUUUCUAAAUAGCAGGGAGAGGUGGUUCAGUUUCCCAGCCAUGCAGGGCUAGGUUCAAACAAUACAAUAAGGUUUUCUCCCAGUUCCCACAAUUGAAAAAAGUUUUCUCACAAGACAGAAAUUGGACUAGAACCAUAGUUGAAUAGAAAGGGAACCAAGCUAGCUCCAGAACUGAGCCACAAGAUGGAGUCAGUGGGGCUCACUCAGUUACCACAAUGAACCACUUGCUGCUCCAAUACCCUCGAUUCCCUCAAUUUCCUCAUUUUGAAGAGAGCACAAAUAGAAACUGUAUUCAGGGAUGACGUUAAAGGUCUUCCAUGAGAUGCCUUGUUUUGGGGAGAGAUUGAUACUA